AUGGUUGAUUUCACUGUCUUCAAGGGUUCCAAGGAGGGAAAGAUCGUUAAGGCUACCACUACCAGAGAGAUUGGUCCCAACGAUGUCUUGGUCAAGAUCACUCACUCGGGUCUUUGCGGUACCGAUGAGCAUUACAGACAUGCCGAUAUGGCUCUAGGCCACGAGGGUGCUGGUGUUGCAGCUGAAAUUGGAUCUGCUGUUAAGAACAUCAAGAAGGGUGAUUCCGUCGGAUGGGGCUACCAACACGGCUCUUGCAAUGACUGCAAGCAAUGUCUUACUGGUCACGAGACCCUCUGUGCCGACCGUGUCAUGUACGGACAAGCCAACUUGGACCAAGCAUCCAUGGGAACCCACGCUGUCUGGGAUGCCGGAUACCUUUACAAGCUCCCAGAUAACCUUCCCCGCGAGUACGCUGCUCCUCUCAUGUGCGGAGGUGCUACCGUCUACAACGCUCUCCGUUCUUUCAACGGUGGUGUCAAGCCAAAUGAGCGUGUUGGUAUAAUCGGUAUUGGAGGACUUGGUCACUUGGCCAUCCAAUUCGCCGCCAAGAUGGGAUGUGAAGUCGUUGUCUUCUCUUCCACCGAUGCCAAGAAGGAGGAGGCUCUUUCCCUCGGUGCCACCGAAUUCGUCGCUACCAAGGGUGUUUCUGAGCUCAAGGUUACCGCCCCAAUUGAUCACUUGAUCGUCACCACCUCUUUCCAACCAAACUGGCAUCAAUUCAUGGAUAUCAUGGCUCCUCAAGCAACUGUCUACCCAUUGACUGUUUCUUUUGAAGACAUGAAGAUCCCAUACAUGCCAAUCAUCAUGAACGAGUUCAAGAUCCAAGGUUCCUUGGUCGCUGCCAGACAAGUUCACAGAGAUAUGGUUGCUUUCGCUGCUCAACACGAGAUCAAGCCAAUCAUUGAGCAAUUCCCAAUGACUGAGGAGGGUAUCCAAGAGGCCAUGAAGAAACUCGAGGAUGGAAAGAUGAGAUACAGAGGUGUCAUUGUCGCUCCUCAAUAA